GCCUCUUCCUGGUUAGACUGGGCAGCCUGGCUUGGUGGGGACUUGGGACGGUGCUUUUGGGGGGGGGGUGGCUUGGCUGCCACUAACCCCCUUGCUUCUCUCGGGACCCAGGACGAAGCAGCGGGCAUGGCUUCCCAGUUGAGCAGGAUCAUGCGACCGGAUGAUGCCAAUGUGGCUGGCAACGUCCACGGUGGGACCAUCCUGAAGAUGAUCGAGGAGGCAGGGGCCAUCAUCAGCACCCGACACUGUAACAGCCAGAAUGGGGAGCGCUGUGUGGCCGCCCUGGCCCGCGUCGAGCGCACCGACUUCCUGUCGCCCAUGUGCAUUGGUGAGGUGGCGCACGUCAGUGCGGAGAUCACCUACACCUCCAAGCAUUCCGUGGAGGUCCAGGUCAAUGUGAUGUCCGAAAACAUCCUCACAGGCUCUGCAGGGGAGUGUGGCGCAGCUGCUUUUUAUAACCGGCUGCUGACGGG